UCAGCGCGGAGCGCAGACGGCGGGCGGCUGCGGGUGACGCACGCGGAGCGGAGCAUGGACGCGCUGGGCAGGAAGGUGGUGGUGUGCGACAACGGCACCGGGUUUGUGAAAUGUGGGUAUGCAGGCUCAAAUUUUCCGGAACACAUCUUUCCAGCUUUGGUUGGAAGACCAAUUAUAAGAUCAACUGCCAAAGUGGGAAACAUUGAAAUCAAGAAUAACAAAAAGAUGGAUCUUAUGGUUGGUGAUGAAGCAAGUGAAUUACGCUCAAUGCUGGAAGUUAACUACCCAAUGGAGAAUGGCAUAGUCCGGAACUGGGAUGAUAUGAAGCACCUCUGGGACUACACAUUUGGACCAGAAAAACUUAACCUCGACACGAAAAACUGUAAAAUACUACUCACAGAGCCUCCCAUGAACCCAACGAAAAACAGGGAGAAGAUUGUAGAGGUAAUGUUUGAGACAUACCAGUUUUCUGGAGUAUAUGUAGCCAUUCAAGCUGUUCUUACUUUGUAUGCCCAAGGCUUAUUGACUGGUGUUGUUGUGGACUCUGGAGAUGGUGUAACUCACAUUUGCCCAGUAUAUGAAGGUUUCUCUCUUCCUCAUCUUACCAGACGACUAGACAUUGCUGGGAGGGAUAUUACCAGAUACCUCAUCAAGUUGCUCUUGCUGCGAGGAUAUGCCUUCAACCAUUCUGCUGACUUUGAAACUGUUCGUAUGAUCAAGGAAAAGUUAUGCUAUGUGGGAUACAACAUUGAACAGGAGCAGAAACUGGCCUUAGAGACCACAGUACUAGUUGAGUCCUAUACGCUCCCUGACGGCAGGAUUAUCAAAGUUGGUGGAGAGCGUUUUGAGGCACCAGAAGCUCUGUUUCAGCCUCACUUAAUCAACGUAGAGGGGGUUGGUGUUGCUGAACUGCUGUUUAAUACAAUCCAGGCUGCUGACAUUGACACCAGGUCUGAAUUCUAUAAGCACAUUGUAUUGUCUGGAGGUUCCACUAUGUACCCUGGGCUGCCUUCACGACUGGAACGUGAACUUAAACAGCUGUACCUGGAACGGGUUCUGAAAGGAGAUGUGGAAAAACUCUCUAAAUUUAAGAUCCGUAUUGAAGAUCCACCUCGUCGAAAGCACAUGGUGUUUCUGGGUGGUGCAGUUCUAGCAGACAUCAUGAAAGACAAAGACAACUUCUGGAUGACCCGACAAGAAUACCAAGAAAAGGGAGUGCGUGUGCUGGAGAAGCUUGGUGUGACUGUUCGAUAAACUCCCGACCUUGUUCCCCUCACAUGUCUAAAGCUUUUAUUCCUUCAUUGCCAGUCUUUGAACUCCUUUAGCUACAUGACAUGGAAAGGCCUGUCUGUGCCCUUUGACCCAAAGGUCAGGUUUUGUUCUGGCUUCUUGGGGUAGCUUUUGUUAAAUGUUUGUUAAUAUGGCUAAAUUUGACCACUUCCCUGCAAACAAAACAGAGCAAGAGCAGCCUGUCUACUGCAUUGUUCCUUCUCAGGAAGGCAAUUCUGGUAGGCUUUUUUCUUCUGGGUUUAUUGCUGUAGUUCUGCUGGCUUUUGUCUCUAGCUCACUGGGGGUGGUGUGCCUUUCUUAGCAUAAGAAAACCUGUCAGCAGCAGCUUUUUACCCUCACGCUAUUGUGGUGUUUACCUUUGCAUCUUUGGCCUCCAUCUCCAUUGGCAUUUUUUACCACAAUUAGGAAUUCUGAUUAAAACCACAGUUAGAAACUGGUUUAACCAACCAAAAUGGCUUUCCACACGGUUCCAACAUAAUUGGACUCCAAAUGCACUGUCCACUUAAACUGUGUUAAAAGGCAGUUUAUCUGCAGCUGUCUGAAAGAAUUCCUAAACAAAACGACACACUCAGUGGGGCUUUUCGUGGUACGUUUCUUCAGAAUAGCUGUCUAAGCAGUUAUUGCCACAAACCAACAAUAUCGGAAACCUCCAGUAUUCUGACAAAUUUAAAUUCUGAGCCUUAUAGUUUCUUCAUGUUGUAUAGCUUCACUGCUAGGGGACACUGGGGGUCAACUUUAUUUAGAAAUACUCUUCUUUUUAUAGUUAAAUUUUGGUACCACGAUGUGUCUAUGUAAUAGAGAGCAAGAGCUGUUAUAUUAUCGAUUCCAUUUAAUUGGGUUUGAGGCUUUGGCUAAGAAAUUUUAGAGCAGUUGGGUCUGGAGUCUAAAUCUUAAUCUAUUGAAAAAUAACAUUUUAAAAAAUGCUUGUAAUAAUUCUAAUUCGAUACAAUAAAAUACCCCAACAAACCAAGUUGUAAAUGCUUGUUGUAAGCGCUUUUGUGUACCUCAGAAGCGCUUCUAUUAAAAUUUGCAAGUACGUGAAUCCAGUGCCAAGUAGUUACUGCAAAUGAAUCUUUCAUCUUAACUGACCAAUGUUUGUUUAAAUAAAGCAAGUAGAUAUUUAUAACAACCACUGGCAGUAGGUUAUGAAGAAUGACCUAUAUUUGUUGCAGUUAAAAAUAACAUUGACAUGAGACUUGUUGCUAGUUGGUAAAUAUCCACAAUUCACUCUGUCUAGUCUUGAUUUUUGAUACUUAUGGGGGGGGUGGGAAGGAAGUAAAACCAGCAUUGAGAAUGUUGUUUCCAAAAAACACAUUAAAAGCUGAGAUUCAUUGAAAAAUAGAUAUUACUGGUAAUUAUCAGACAGCUUUUUUUUUUUAAGUCUAGUUGCCAGCAUGAUUUUCUUGAUAGGAAAUACAGGUACUAUCCUCAGAAUAAAAUCUGCUGCCUUGCUGCAAAGUGUAGCAAAAAUUGCUCACAUACGCAUUUCCAUCGAACUAUUCAUUGUGUCACUUCCCCAUUCAUUGAAAAUAUCAAAUUAUAUCAUUUCUGACCUAAUUUUUCUAAAACCUUACUACUGCAUUUAACAACAGCAGAGCCAGGAUCUGUUGUGGGAGGAGGGACAGACUUUCCAAGUUUGGUGUGCAUGAUGUUGCAUUCAUUCGUGUAUAUGCGAAGACCUGACAAUUACACACAUCUCUCUUUGAACAGUUAGCCCUCACAGAACACUGCAAUAUGUAAACCUUGCUUCGAUUCCAAACUUUUUUUUUUUCAUUCCUAAAUUGAUGGAGAGAGACCUUCCUUUUGGCUGAAAGCAUAACAAUGUCUACAUGUCUUUAAUACUAAAACAGUCACCGAAGUACUGUUAAUAGUGACCAUUUAAUUACAGGAGAGUGUUUUUGCAGCUGUGAUUACCCUUAACUUGAACAAUAUGAAUUUAUAGGCAUGCCGGUCAUGCCUCAAUGCAUGCACUUACAGUGGUUACUAGAUUUUGGGGAUAUGGUUGUAAGGGGUACUCUGAACUCCUGUAGUUUUCUGUAAGUUUAAAUACCUGAUAUGCUUUAGAAAUGCCGUACAGCCGUCAGCAGUAGAAGACUUGCUUUUAGAACAAGUAGCAGUUGUAGCUUCUCACAUGGUGCAUGUCUCUUCGUUCUCAGUGUGUCCAAAAGCCAUGGAAGUAAACCAAAGAAUGACAUUUUUAGAAUAACAAUCUGCCAUUUGAACAUUCGAAUUUAGGGACUGACCCUGCACAACCCUUUGCUCAAGUUUAUUCUCAUACUGGCCUCAGGUAGGUGUGUCCGUGAGUAAGGAUCACAAGAUCAGACCCUUAGGUUUGAGUACUUCACAGCACCAUGAGCAACAGAUGUCGCUCAGUUUUGCAGUAACUGGAGUUUCUAUGGAGACUCUGUAUUUAUAUUAAACCUGAGCGUUUAAAAUUAUUGCUAUCCUGGGUUUGAGAGAGCACAUUUAGACAUAAUCCAAAUGGCAUGUUUGUGUGUUGAAUGGGUGUUCCUGUGCUCAGUGCGGUUCCCUCUCAUGUGUGUGAUUUUCCCACUUCAGAACUUCUGUGUUGCUGGGAAAGCUAUCUGGUUUGAACUUUUUAAAAACCAAAUACCAAGUUAAAUUUACAAUUUAACUUUAACGGGAGUCUGAGCAUAAAUACAGGAUACCUCAGCAAUUGUAAGAGUUCUUGUGAACAACCUAUUUUUAAACGUACCUGCUUUGAAAACACAAUGUGUUUUAGGAUGUUAAUGUCUGUAGCUAUUAACGUGAAUGGCUUUUUUUUAUACUGUUCUGAGCAAUGUUAAAACAGUGACGUUUAAGACUACGACUGGAAAGAGAAACAUCCACUUAAAUAAAUUGACAGGUCUUUUCAAUUUAAAAAAUAAAAUCGGAUUUUUCGAAGUA